GGGCUUCCAAGCAGCAGAACACGGCGGGGGGCGCCGUCAUGAUCAAUGGGAAGAGGAUCUCCAACAAAUGGAAGCACUUGCCGCCGAAACAGUGCCUGAGCUGCGAGCAGACGACCCACGAGCUCGACAGGGACGCCGUAAACGAGCCAGCUUUCUUGGCGUGGACCAAGACGAGCCGUGACAAAUCAUCGGUUGGUGGCUACAGGUUGCGCGGCAACGAAUGCUACCCGUGCUCGGACGUGCGGAGGGACAACUUUGAUGGCGUCUCCCAGGCCGAACUGAACGAGAAGAAGAGUCAGAACGCCGACCUGGAAGUCAAGUGGGUUGAGUUGCGGAAGCGCAAGGUCGGUGGCCUCGAGAAGCACGCGAAGGGCGACAAGGAGAAGGUCGACUUGUCGAAGUACACGCUCAAGGUCACCGAUGUCAAGAGCAAAUUCGAUCAGCACUACGUUGAAGACAGCUGGAUUCCUCUAUGGGACUUCGUGGUGGACCACAAGCUCCCGUUCAAGAAGGGCGUCAACUCGGUGGACGAAGUCGCGCGGCACAUCGAGGCGAAGCAUUCGCACUACCGUGUUGCCGAGGAUGACGAUGGAGAGAUUGGCGUUGAGGUCCCUGACGAGCACAAGGGCGUGAAACGCUUUAGGCGCGGUUGCAAGACGUCGGCGGAGCAGCGCAAGUCCAGGGUUCACAAUGACGAGGCCAGCAUGAAGGACCACCACGAGGCUGCAGCGAGGGCUGUGCAGCCGUCCACGCCGCGCUCCGAGUGCACCGGCGGCUUGCGGAGCUUGGCGCAGAGGCGGCUCGACGACGGCUCCGAUGCUGCAUCCAUUGCGACGGACGUCGCUGAAGCCGACCAGCCGCGGGGCAAUAUGCGAGGCAGCUUCGACGCUGGGCGCAGCAGCGCGGCAGGCGGCACCGAGCGGGAGGGCGACGACGAGGUCCCCAUAGCCAAGAAGUCGACGGAUGGCCGCCGCCACCGUGGUAAUGAUGAGGCCUCGCUGAUCCAGGCUGCAGGCGAGCUGACGACCGCCUACAUUGACGACUUCAACCUGGCGGAGCACUGGAACCAGCGCCCUACUAAACGAGCUUUCCAGACCGUCAUAGGCAGGCUACAGACCAUGGCGCGGAGGUGCGGCGCUCUGAUAUCUUCCGACAAGUGCCAGAACUUAUCGCUGCAGCUGUGGGAUCGUGCCGACUUCUUGCAGUCCCGUCAUCGCGUUCUGGACGGUCUUCGAGGCGACUUCGCUAACUUAGUCUUUGGCAAGCUUGUCGGGUGCGAGUUCUCCGUCAUUGAGAUGGUGUUCAAAGACGCAGGUGACGAUCUCAUAAUCAACAUCUUCACGUCGACAAUGCAGCAAGUGGCAGAUAAGUCCAUUGGGACGCGGGAACAGCACUCUCUUAACCUGAACGCGUUCCUGAAGUCCAUCCAGUGCAAGAAGAGCGUGCCCACCGAGACCGUGGGCUUCAAUCUGGUUGGGUUCUGUCCAGGUGUUGAGAAGGCGCAGCGGGCGCUGACGUUGGUAUUCCUCGAGAAACUUUGGCGCCAGCCAGACGAGUCCACCAUCAUCCACGUUGCCAAGGUAAUCGACGAGAUCUUUGGGACAGACUUGCCUCGCAACUUUGAUGACUUCAAGUCACUCGAGUCAGAUGGGCUCGUGGGGGAAAAGUGGUGUUGGCAAGUCGCCGUGGACAUUGCGUUCACAAUUGCCGCUGCACGUGUGCUGGAAACGCUUGGAGGUUCCAACGUAUUCGGCCCAGGGGUCAAGGCCGCGAACGUCAGCAUUGUUGAUAAUCAGGCGAUGGUCUCGGCCAGGGUCAGGGCUUUGGUGCGGGUGCCAGGUCAGCACGGCAACCACUUGAGGCGAGCCUGGGGCGUCAUGGAGCAACACCACGAGGACAGUCAGGGCGCUGGCAAUGAGUGCGCCGACGCCGACGCCGUGACGCGCUUGAGGAAGACCGUGCAGGACGUGCUGGACUCCAUUAAGGAAGAGUCUAACGUCGAUUGGGCCAACGGCAUCAACAAGUGGCUGGACGUUGCAGAUGACCAGCGCCUCUUGAACGAUAUUUGCUUGUUUGGCAACUUGUCGUAUGCGAGCGCGCGGACAGAUAGUCAGCCCCCUCCAGAUAUGAUACAGGACGUGGACCAGGGCAACGAGAUGGUGAAUUGCAUUCUGACUCUUGCGGAUCAUUGUCUGCGCCAUUCCGACCACCUCAACGUCAUCAUGGGUGACAUCGCGAACCCUCGCGAACGUCAGCAAGCGCCCGAAGCCGCACCUGAUGAUCCUCACGGCACCGUGUACGACCAAGGCAUCGCGAUGUUCGAAUGGCUGAAGAUGGCGAUGGGCGUCCUCGCGCACUACGACACGUCGGCGAACUCGACGGUCAUCCAGGCGAAGGCCAUCACGGACAUUCUCGCGACGGUCAUUGGCCUCGAGAACACUCUUGUGAAUACCGCAGACGACGCCAAGCAGUUCAUGCACUCGUGGAGCGACGUAUACGUCCGUUUCCGCCGCGUGCCGGAGGCCGCCGAUAUGUCCAUGGACGCGGGCAAGGAGAUCAACGUGUUCGUGAAUAAGGUCAUCGCCAGCGACGCCAUCUGUCGAGGUUUCGCGAUGACGGUCAGCGAGUUCAUCGGGGACCCAGCCUCACCACUUGCCCUUGCUAUUCUCCAUGAGUACGAUUCCCUCAGCAACGUGCUGCCAGCCGAAGCCAAACACUUAAUGGCGGCAGCGAGGUCGAUUUCGAGGAUCCAUGAUGCGGCGAGCGCCUUGAAGAAAUCCAGGUUCCUGGGUGGCGUCGUGGAGGUCGCCCAGAUCUUGGAAGGCAUCCGCGCCGCUGCAGUCGCCGCCCCGAACGCCUACCACAAGUUGGACGAUGCGGCGAAGCAUGAGGGCACCUUUGCCAAGGAGCUGAAGUCGCACAUCGAGUCCAUGCAGGCCAAGGUGGACGAGGGCACGUCUCUGAAUGAGAACUUCCACGCAGAGUUCAAGGUCGUCCUGGAGUCGGUCAGCACGUGGGAUUUUACUAAGUGCAUGUGGGUAGCUGGAGAGGGGACCAAGGACCAACGGUUCUUGAUGAGCGGCGUUGAUGCGCUUCUGUCGAAGAUCAGCGUGUGGGCGAACAUCGUUACGAAGGCAAAGGCGCACAUGAAAUUCCUGGGCGAGAACGACGGGACAUACCAGAAUAUGGUCAAGCUUGCGGCUACCUUGGCGGAGCUCGACAGCGAGGCGAAGGUGCUGGCGACAUCUAUCUCUACGUGCUUGCUGGCAUCGUGUUUCAUGAGGUAUCGGGAGGAGAAGCCCGACGUCCUGAAGAUCAAGGUUUCCCAGCAAGUGGCGCACGCUGAGCAGACGUGGAAGGUUUCAGCGUCGAGCCUGCCGCCGACCAUGCAGGCCAAAGUGGUCGAGGCCCUCGGCGCGGAUCAGCCUUCCCCGAGCGGUGCCGCGAGCUCCAGCGUCAGCGGCAUCGACGUCGUCGACUUGCGCUCCGAGGGGAGUUCGGCUACGACUGCUGCGACGGCGGCGGAUGUGCCGGAUGGUGGCCCGAAAAAGAAGGUGCGGAGGCUCACCAACAAGAGUAAUAUCGACUGCGACUGA